AGUAUUUUGGGCUGAGCACUUUAAGGAGGUGAACUGAAAGGAAGGAGGGUGAUGGCGGCGGCGGCGGCGUUUAGGUGGUUGCUCCAACUCCACAAGGACGUUCCCAAGGCGGCGAAGUUCUACUCACAAGGGCUCGACUUCUCCGUCAACAUCUGCACGCUUAGGUGGGCCGAGCUCCAGUCUGGUCCUCUCAAGCUUGCUCUCAUGCAAUCCCCCUGUGAUAAUGUGAUGCAGAAUGGCCAUUCUUCAGUUUUACCAUUCACAGUGAAUGACAUUAAUAGUACAGUAACAAAAUUAAUGGCAUUAGGAGCUGAACUAGAUGGUCCCAUCAAAUAUGAAAUCCAUGGCAAGGUUGCUGCCAUGCGUUGUAUCGACGGUCACAUGGUUGGCCUUUAUGAACCAGCAUAAAUAUUUUAGAGACGAGUCCCUUCACAGGAGUUGACCGGUUCACAGUUAAACUCAUUUGAA